UUAACAAUUUAAAAAUCCACAAAUAAAUUCUUUAAAAAAUCUAAACUCCUUCAAAGUGUUCUCAUUUCUUUAAAUACGGCACGGACAUGUCUCAAAAUCCAUUAACCGAGCUAACACACCAAUUGGUCAAACAUUUUGCAAUCUAUCCGGCUGGUAUAGAUACGUCGUGUGUCAUGCGGUACGGCGAGCUGAUUCGCUACCACAACGAGAACCUCUUAGAAGGCGGAGAUAUGAGCAUUGCGGCAAGCAAUAUAAACUGGGAAUGCUUUUGCCAGAAGCACGGUCUGCAGUUGCGUAUGAACAUCGAGCAGCUGCUGAAUGACGAGAAAGCAAAGGAGGAUCUGCUAGAACAAAGCAAGCAAUGGAUAUUUCCGUUACAGGGCAUCACAAAGUUGCGGAGGGAACGCUACGGGUUGCACUUCCAUCGUGCUCCUAUCAUUGCCAAUGUUCUCAAUGCCAUAUUCACAAAUGGCGAAAACUAUGGCAAGCAUAGGGAGCCAGCGGGUGAUGGGGCGCUCUUGCCGAGCACAAUUCACCUAUCGCUGAACAACCGAUUUAUCAACCAGGACGAGCACAAUUCAAAAGAGCUGCACAAGUUCCGUGCCAAGCAGCUGUACCUCAUUUUGGGCCGUAUUUUGGAAUAUUCCAAGUGGCGUGUGGUUCAAUCGGACGAUGUGACCGACGACACUUUGAGAGUCUGCGUUGACUGUAAUAAUGUGCCGCGUCGGCCCUCAGUCGGCCAGGAAGAUAAGAAGACGGUGCGCGUUGUGUGCGGCCCGGUGCUGGAGCCGACCACGAAGACGGCGACAAGUAUGACCAGUGGAGGCUACAUGGCACUGCGCUCCAAUGAUAUGCUCCUAAUAGCUAUGCAUCGCCAUGGCGUACGCGACUGCGUCAAGGGGAAAAACUUUGAGAGCCUGAUGCAGCGGCUUGGCCAUGCGGCUGUCAUAGUGGAUCUGUUCGAGGUGCGACAUAGCACGGGCGCCACUGUGGUGCGCAGUGGCUUGGGCAGCUCCAAAGGUGCCAACUACAUUCUCUACAAUUCCGCACGCCUCGAAACGUUGCUGCGUACCUUUCAAGCCCAGGUGAAUCUCGGCGUCUAUGAGCCUUUGCCGCCCCUGGACAAAAUCGAUCUGAGUGUGCUUGAGGAUGAGCUCGACUGGCAGCUGAUUUACGGCUAUUUGCUCACCUUUCCAAAGGUGGUGGAAUCAACUCUAGCCCAACUGGAGCAGGGCCUGUGCGCCGUCCAUUCGCUCGUCCGCUACAUCGUGGACUUGGCUAGCCUGUUCAGCCGGUACUAUCGCCACAAACAAAUACUCGUGCAGCAGCGCACCAAUCUGAUGCCCGUGCUCUAUGCUCGGAUCUAUCUAGUCAAGGCUGUGCGCCAGGUGCUCAAUUCUGCGCUGGCGCUACUGGGGAUUGAGCCCGUGGAUUACAUGUGAGGAUGGCAAACGAGGAAUGUUAAACGAAGGCAGCAUUUCCGUUUUGUAUAUUUAAUGUACAAAUGUUUUGUAAAUAUAACAACAAUAUAUAUAUUUAUAUUAACUAUACACAAGAGGGAUUACGACGAAAACAGGUGCUGCACAAUCUGCAACCUCAAUGAAAUGUUCUUUGCCAUAAAAAUAUGUUAUUUAGUUGCCGUAGGCCUAAAACAUAUAAUAUACAUUGCAUAUGCAUCAUAUUUAGUUUUAAAUGGAACAAGAGCUUUAUAUACUAUAUUUGUAACAGAAAAUGUCAGAAAAUCUACUGACACGAACUUAAGCUUAAAUUUAGAUAAGUUAGGCUUAGUUUAAAGUAGGAACAGAUGGCCAAAAAUGCGUCACAAACUUAUUUACAAACGAAUAAUAAAAAGAACAGAACUUAAAAUAAA